CCUGUCUACGUAGACGGCUGCGUUUCCUCGACCAUCCGAUUUCCCGAAGACGCAAGAACGCGUGUAUAGAGUAAACGAGCGUCGCUGAAAUAUUCAAAGCAGUCCGCGCGGAUCCUGACGUCACGCGCCUCCCCUCGCCUGACGUCGCGGCGGACCUUCGGAUCCACCAUAUGCACUGCAACGUCUAUACACACGGUGCAGGUAGAUGCGCGAGAGAAGCCGAUCGCCGAUCGAUACCGCGAGCUCCGCCUAUCCUCCGGGCGAUCAAUUCGUCCUUUGCUCAUCCUCAUCGGCAUCAUCAUCAGCGAGAAUUAAGCUCUCUCGUCCGCACCCUUCGCUCGAGCUGCGUUAAGAGUCCGCUAGAUGGCGCCGCGCUCCCGCGCGGAGAAAGAGAGAGACGGAGAGAGUGGCGGGCAGUGAGCGGCGUCGCGCAGCAGCGGCGCAGUCAGUCACUCGCGGCCGAGCGAGCGAGCGAGAGAGAGAGAGAGAGAGCUGUUGGACGCGUGUCCCCCGCGUGUAUACGUCUAUAUAGGUAUAUGCGUGUGCGUGUGCUACGUUGUCUCCUGCAGCGUAAACGUUAAAGUGAACACGGACCGUCCGCGAUUAUAGUCGUCUCCGUCAUCCCUCUCUCUCACUCGUUAUUUUUGCUACAACACUGUGAGCACGAGGAUAAGGAGAAUACACAGCGCAGCUCACACGCGAUAUGCGCGCGCGACGACGUUAGCAGACGAUAACGCAGCCGACGGGGUAGUAAAUUCUGUGCGACGGCGGGGCUGUUCCGCGAGCAGCUGCUAUACUCUAUACACACUCGCUGCGUCGUCUGCUCGCUCCCUCCCUCCUCCCCCUUUGCCGUCAGCCAAGGACUUGCCCGGACUGCAUAUAGCGCAGCUCGCAGCAAGAGAGUGAGGCCCAGAUAAUACAGGAUAGGAUAGGUAGCAGGGGGAGGAGUCGCAGUCAAGCUGUCGCCGAGCGCCGCAGCAUCCGCGGCUGACCUGUUCGAGGCUCUGCGCCAGCGAAUAGCCGCUACGAGGAUGCCGCUCUUCGGCAGACGCGACCCAGCCAAGAAGCCCAAGAAGGAUGCCAAGGACGACAAGUCGCCCUCCAUCGAGGACAAGUACGUCCUCAAGGAGCAGCUCGGCACCGGUGCCUUUUCGGAAGUCAGACUUGCCGAGAGUAAGGACCGGCCGGGUAUGCUGUACGCCGUGAAAAUCAUCGAUAAAAAGGCCCUCAAGGGUAAGGAGGACUCCUUGGAGAACGAGAUCAAAGUGCUGAGGAGGUUCAGUCGAUGCGUGACGUCGUACAGUGGCGACGGGCCACUCAAGUCCGAUGAUAAUAAUGAGGAAAAGGAAUGGUUGACGCAUCCGAACAUCGUGCAGCUGCUCGAAACUUUCGAGGACAAGCAUAAGGUCUACCUCGUCAUGGAGCUAGUGACGGGAGGCGAACUGUUCGACAGAAUCGUCGAGAAGGGCUCGUACACGGAGCGAGACGCGUCGAGUCUCAUCAGACAGGUCCUCGAGGCCGUGGAUUACAUGCACGAGCAGGGAGUCGUGCACAGGGAUCUCAAGCCCGAGAACUUGCUCUACUACAGCCCGGACGAGGACAGCAAGAUCAUGAUCAGCGACUUCGGACUGUCCAAGAUGGAGGACAGCGGCAUCAUGGCCACCGCUUGCGGCACCCCCGGCUACGUCGCUCCGGAGGUGCUGGCCCAGAAGCCCUACGGCAAGGCGGUCGACGUCUGGAGCAUAGGCGUCAUCUCCUACAUACUGCUGUGCGGUUAUCCUCCGUUCUACGACGAGAACGACGCGAACCUCUUCGCUCAGAUACUCAAAGGUGAAUUCGAAUUCGACUCGCCGUACUGGGACGACAUCAGCGACUCGGCCAAGGACUUCAUCAGCAGGCUCAUGUGCGUCGACGUAGAGAAGCGCUACACGUGUAAACAGGCGCUUGGACACCCCUGGAUCUCCGGCAACGCGGCGAGCAACAAAAACAUCCACGGUACGGUAUCGGAACAACUUAAAAAGAACUUCGCCAAGUCGAGGUGGAAGCAAGCCUACCACGCGACGACGGUCAUACGCCAGAUGCAGAGGCUCGCGCUGAACAGCAGCUCAACCAGCAGCCAUCAACCUCAGCAAUCGCCGUCAGCCCAGCCGGGACAGCAGCUGCAGCAGCAGCCAGGUUCGACCGGCCCCUCAGGCGGAGCGAGCCCGAACCACCGGAACUACUGAAGCACCACUUCCGCGAGCCGGCGACUCCCGAUUCCUUGCGCCUCGGCAGCAUCCGACGCCGGCAUCGCCGUCACCUCAUCGUCCUCACCCAGACGCAGACGGCUGCUACCGUCUCUCCCCUCAGUGCAGGCGGCGGCAGCACCACGACAGGCUCAGGCUCGUCCUCGGCCGCGUCUUCGCCUACGGGGCAUCAGUCACAGCAGCGGCAGCAGCAGCAGCAGCGGUGGAGACGAACCCGACCCAGGAUAACCACCAUGACGACCAAGCUCUGGGCCAGUCUGCUCGCGCUCCUCAGGCUCGACCUGACGCAUCUGAGGCGGCGCCAGUGGAAGCAGGAGAAAGGCUGAGCUGAUGUCACCGCUGCUGCGACGACGGCCGCAUUGAAAUUUGCAACCUAUGCCGAUGUAACACACACCUACACGAGGGAGUGAGCGCUGCUGCUGCUGCUACUGUUACUGCUUUUCCUUCCUACUUCUUCUACUCUCUCUCUUAUUCUGCUCCUUCUUCUACUACUACAACUAUUACUACUACUACUGCUACCACUUCUAUACUAUAUCUACGCAACUCGCGUGAUUACACGCGAAAAGACGGAGCUGUAUGUACUUGUAACUCGAGCGACGAGGCAAAGACGAUGACACGCGAGCCUCGGUGUCGUUCUCCGUGUCGACGCUCCGCUCAACCGAUCGCCGGCAAAGCGGAGCGUUGGUACAAAGGAUGUCUACUCGGGGACUCGCUCAAUUUCAUUUUAACGUCCAGACACGGCUCGCGCGCGAACAGCCACAAAGACACAAACGUAUGUAGAGGAUAUUCUUGCCUGUGUAGCAUUAGGAGUCUGAAAUACUCAAGGCAUAGUGCGUGUGUCUUUUAUUCCUAUUUCUCAAAGUAAUCACCGAUUUUCUCUCUUCAAUUUCUUAUGCUACCUUUUUUUCUCAUUCGGUUACAAUAUACUCGAGCGGUAAUGAAAGUCCUGAACAGACUUGUUACGCCACUUCCAUACAGUUGCUGAACAACAGCUCUGUUAUAUACUAUAGCUAUUUAAUACGUAUAUACGUGCAGCGCAAGUCGAACGAAAUUUUUCAUUCUGUUCCAACGAGAGAAAAAAAGUGUCGACCGCUUGCGGCAAUUUACGUUCGCGAGCGACAAAGUAUUUUUGUAUCGGCGAAACGGGAUUGGAAAUUGUUUCAUGCGCUGGCGUGUUAUUUCCUCUGAACGAUGUAGGCACGCGACGCGCCACAUACACGGAGACACGGAACACACACACACACACACACACGCCGUGAGAGAAACGUUAUAUUCUAUUUUUUUACGUGUACACACAUACACACACUGUACUUUUCGCGAACGUUCGCGAAUGAAACAUGAUGGGUGCGAUAUUUUUUUAUCGAAAGUUUGCCGAAGGCUGGGGUGUAGGGGGUUAAUGUAAGUCUCAAUUGUUACGCGCACAGGAAUAAAAAAAAUUCGGUACUUAUACUCAUUGCUCGCUCACACAUUCCUUCGAUGACUAUAUUAUGUAUACUACUACGUUGCAGUUGUUUUUCUAUAGCUCAAAGUUAAGCACGAGAAUUCGUGUAAUAUAUGCAAGAGCGCCGACACCUUAAUAUAUACGUUACUACGACAUAAUUGUAUACACACGCACAGUUGCCUCGAGAGAGAGAGGGGAAACUUCGUCGAGAGACACACAGAGGAAACAUACAAUUGAAGAAAAAAAAAUAAUGAAGCGCGAGCGGCAGAAAUGUGUUCCGAAAUAAAAUAAGCGACACUUAACACAAGCCAGGAGAAGAGGAGAGAGAAAUAGACAGCUUCGACUUCGUUACGAUGCAUGUGUAAAGUUUUCCGAUGUAUCCUUGCGUGAUGAAGAAGCUUUCCUCCUCCUUUCUCUCCCUCUUCUCCUCGAUUUGUGCGUACGUCUCAGCUAAGAUAAGUAACUAAAACUCUUUCGCAGCACUAUGUUUAAAAUAAAAAAAAAAGCAUUCCUCAAGAGAAGAGGCAGAAAUCUCCGCUGUCGACACUUCUCUUGCUCUUUAUCUUCACUGUAAUGGUAAGGAACAUCAACGUGAUAUAUACAGCAUAUAAGGAAAACAUGAUACACGAUUUUAAGGGAAAAAAUAUAAGCAAAAAAAAAGAAAAGAAAAGAAAUAUUGUGAAAAGUAAAGCGACUGUAUAAUGAAGUAGACAACACGUCCGUCCGAAAGUUGGGCACUCUCGGAUAGCCGCGAGAAUGUUGUACGUGCGAAUGUAUCAUGUACAGUAAAGGACGCCUUCGAUCUCGAUUCUUCCUUUUAUUGGACAAUCGCGGAAUUGUGGAAUUUAGAUCUGACAACAGGGGUAGUUUCUUUCCUUUCGUCGCCAUGACCACUAGUGGAUCUGAUUUUCGUUGUUUUUUAUCGUUGUAGUUUUAAGUUUCUUAUUGUAUACACAUAAUCUUUUUGGGUUUAUCUAUUCAAGCUUAAGUUUGUAUAACCAACCGAAGACUCGACGUCGAAGGCUCAAAUGAUUCUUUUAUGAUAAAACGACUAGUGUAAGUAAGCUUGCAGAUUGAAUUAGUUUUAAGGCAUAUAUUCUUUAUCAAACGAUAUAUAUAUAUAUAUAUGCAAGAAAAAAAUUAUAUAUACAAUUAUAAAUAUAUUACAAAUAAACAAAAGGGUUAAUAUGUAAUAAGAAAGAACAUGGCUCGAAGAUUUUAUUCAUUAUAUGCUGACACCCAACUGUCCUCAGCACGUGGACAGUUCGGAGGAAAAGCAUAGGAGCACGGUUUUCAAAAAAUAUUAGCUUCGGAGCGGUACGCAUGAUGUAAAUCCUUGAAAGUAAUAAGAGUGGUUAAAGAAUUGACAACACGAAAAUUACGAUGAUGCGGUCAGAAAAGCAGGCAAAGCUAUCGAACUUACGAUGAUAUGAUUCGCCGGGCUUAGAUAGGUUUUGCUAAUUGAAAGUUUUUACCGAGUUGACAAAAUGUUUGAUGUUUGACAUAUUUUGCAUAGUACGAGACUCUGUUGAAGUAUUUAUGACGCUUCAUUUUCUUGAGCUACACUGGUUGAGUCAUAAAUUACCGAAACCGAAGUACAGUCUACUACGUUUUAAUGUAUAAAUUGUGUACGUAUUUUAAAGACGAUUAUAUAGAUGACAAGGAAAAACAACUUGAAUGAUUUUGCGAAGGUAUAGAUACGUUGAAAUUGUCUCUUAUAUCGCUCAGAACUGCUACGAUCCGUACUUAAAUCAUCUACAAGCUAGAGGGAAACUGAAAGAAAAUAACAAACAUACUACUGAAUGCACUUGUCGCUUCUGGUAAAUUGUAAACUACGUCUUGUAUAAUCUAUUAUGUGUCUGAGCGAAAAUCAUUUCCGAGCAACUGUCACUCACUCACAAACACGCAACAUACGAACUCGUUCUAACUCGUUCUAACCUAAUUUUUACAACUCGAAAGAUUCAACGUUCUCAAUCUUCUUAAUCACGCUGCAAGUGAAAUAUCCUAGGAUAUUCUGAGGCGAGAAAAAAAAACGUUCACACCGCAGCCUUACACGGGCAGUUCACGCGCGCGCGCGCGAGAGAGAGAGAGAGUCGCAACAAGUUUUGCUCGGUGAGCACUAGCCGCGCGCCUGAGUCACCUCGAAUCAUCGUCAGGAGAUAAAUGUCACUGGUUUUUCCUCGCAAUUGCACAAUACACGAGAAGAAAUUAUUUUUCUAGACUAACUUUUCAUUAUGAUAAGUGGAGGGAUGAAACAGCACAGGUAGAAACGAAGUGAAGAAGCAUUGAUUCGGUGACUGGGGCCGCGAGCUCCCAUCGAUACGCGAGAAAGUAGAACAUAAUACACUAUACCAACGAGAGACUAUAUAGAGAAUCAAAAGUAAACUAAAAUAAUGAAAAAAAAAUUAAUAAACAAUUAAAUCUUAUUCGCAUUGUGAAGCGAUUAUAUAGCUCAUUCUUGGCUGUACGAUGCACCUCUUGUAAUUGUAAAUAAUCUAAUUCUCUUUCUUAUAUUAUACAUAUAACAGUAAAACAACAGAGGAUAACACACGCACUGACACUAGGAAUAUUAUACACACUCGUAGAUGUUACGAUAAUUGCUCUUCCCCCUUUGAUCUAUUGUACCUCUGUAAUAUCUAUAUAUCUCUUUCUCACUUUGUCACUGUAAAACACGAAAAUUUCAAAAUUGAGGAAAUAUGUGUAUCUCGAGUGUUGCUUAUUACACCGUAUCUAAAGAAAGAACCCCGAACCCCAUAAUGUGCCAUUGUACGUAUAUCGAAUGACCAAAUAGUUAUAUUUUUACGAAUUCCAGUGUUAGAAAUUUGAGUACUUAAAAAAAAAACAAAAUAAUAAUAAUGGGCGAGCUUACAGAAACAGAGCAGAAUAGAACAAAGCCUUCGAGAAGCUCUCCAUUCGUACUCUUUGAUAUGUAUAAGGAUAUAAAUAUACACGCAUAUUUAUAUAUUAUAUAAAGGAAUCUGCUUCACAGGCCAUAUGUGUUUUCCGCGUCGUAAUGAAAUCAUUAAAUGCACACGUGCUUCCUGUGAUGGAUGCAUCGAAGGGAUACACUAGAGCACAGAGAUAACCAAAACAUAAAAUAUACGUGAUCAAUAAGAAAAAAAACACGAUGAAAGACUAAACGAGCAACGAAUAAGCGAUAUUAUUUUUCUAUAUUUCGACCUUUUAACGGAAAUGAAUUCAGGGAGCCAAGGAUUUGGUGUAUUUUUGAUCGGUCUUCUUGCUCUGUUACUUGCUCCCUAAUCGUUCAACAUCAUGCCAUCCUUCAAAUUUAAAUUUUUUACUUCGUUCGGUAUGCUUGCAAUUUUAUUUCAAAGUAAAAUGAGUUUCGAAAAGAACCUGUUCUCGCAAUAUCGAGCUGUUAUAACACUGUUACACGCCUACGUAUAGGUGUACCGCCAUCGAAGUCACGCAGUGAAUUUGAAGUUAGUGAUAUUAUUGUCACAGCCACAGUGAUUUUCGUUAGAUAUUUAGAAAAAGAGCUCGAGCAGCACUCGUUAAUAAUGAAGCGAAAAAAAAUUCACCGGAUUAUCUCCUGUAUAGAAGGGCCAACACAAAUCACUUUAGGGACCGAUGGGACAUCGUGCAGUGCCAUAUUAAAACGCAGACAUAUCGGCGGCUAAGUCGAGAGAUUACAAUUAAAGAAUAGCAGAGAAACAAAAAAUAAAUAAAAUGUAGAGGAAACACACGUGCGUUACGUAUAUAUUUAAAUCGAUGAAUAGAAUAUUGUGAAUGUGAUUGUAAACAAAACAAAAAAAAAUCAACUAAGCUUGUUAACUAGGGGCAGUUCUAUAUAUAUAAUCGUUGAAGCAGCGGACAAGUAUAUGACUUCAGACUGAUAUUGUUGUCAAAAAAGAGGACGAGAAAAUCGAGAGGAAAAGAAUAUACAUACGUAAAUAUGAAGGAAGAAUAUUUUGUUGUUGUACGUGAAUUAUAUAAAGAUAGCGUUGCGUGUAAUAUUGUUGCAUUGCGCAUGAUAUAUAUAUAUUUAUACAUAUAAUAUCGUUCCUUUGUAUACCGUUAAUAUACAUACAAAUAUGAUUGUAUUCGCGAACGGACGAUAUUUUUGUUUCCUAUAUUCGACUCGCGAGAGCCAUGAAUUAUUAUUGUUCAAAAAGGUGGUUCAGGCAAUGAGAUUCAGAUAAAAAAAAAUUACAAGGCAAGACGUUGCACACUCGAUAAUUUGACCGUCGUUAUAAUAUACGCGUUAUGCGCUUUUACACGAUUUUACCUUUUUUAAUAACGGCUAAAGUUUAGCAGAAAGAUUUAUGGAUACGUAUAGACCUUUUUUUUGCUAACGUGCAAUUUCUCCGCUCAUCGUUACGUAUAUAUAGAGACUCUUGUGGGAAUUCCAACCCGGCAAUCCUGUUUUACUGACUUUUUGCAUUUUUAGGAGGGGGAGUAUAUAAGAGCGCCAGCAAAGCGAAAUUAUCGUCGAGAAGCACUUUUGCGGGCAUAAUAGCUGGGCAGAUUGUAUUUUCGCUUAUGCUUUUUUGCGAGCCGCAUUUUUCGAGCGACAGAAAUUCAUUCGUGAUUAGUCCGGACAAUAAAAAGAUUGCGUCUAGCUGCAUUAUUAUAAUUGUGCAUAUUUUGAAUGAAGAUGUUCUUAUUCAGCUACUAAAUAACUUUCUUGACUCUUUAAAAUAAUCGAUCUAUACAUUUUUAUGCUCUUCUCUCAAGAUAUAACACAACUUAUUUGAAGAAAAAAAGAUUUCGUCGCUUCGAAUUUUUUCCAAGUACAUAGAUACAUUGUAUAAUUCUGCUCUUUUCAAAAGCGGCAUAAAUAUGCAUGAAAUUCGAGAUGCGAUAAUUUCGCAAGAAGAUAACUCGUCGCGUAACCGCAGCCUUAUUACACGCGCCGGCAAACUUUUUUGUUUGCGAAUUAACACACAUGGGAUAGAUUGGAACGAUGAAAAGUUCGGCAAUCUCUUGCCUCCUCAGCGAACGCCCGAAACGUGUUAUACGUAUAGCCACCGAAACGAUUAUAUAUUCCUUUUUUUACUUGCCUAAGGAUUUUCGCAUUCCUUUUUUUAAACGUCACUACAGAUUUUUACAUCAUUGCUUCUUCUCGACACGUGUACGGGAUAUAUAGUUUUUAUACAGACAAAUAAAGCGAGAAACAAAAGUGAGAAAACUUAUAUCAAUAGAUGUAAAUAAUUCGGUGUAGUAUAUAUGUUAAUUAUAAAAAAAAUAUAUGUAUAAUAAGAGCUUGAUUCCGCUCUUCUUAAUUCGAACUUGACUAUCUUCAUUCAGCCCACUUGUACAGGUAUAUAUUUUUCUUUCUACAAACAAGAAAUAAUUCGGCGUUAAUGCAUAAUUUAAAUCUUGAAAUCCGAGAAAUCGCGUUCAUUUUUCAUUUAAAUGAAUGAAGAGGGUCAAUGCGAUUGUUUAGCAGAACAGAAUUAUAAAGAAGACGGGACAUUUUGCUACACGGUGAAAUACGAUGAAUUAAUUAUUUGUAAACAAUUAUUUUUUAUUUCGCGACUUCAAUCCGCCACACAAAAGAUUCACGUUGUUGCUUCUCUUCAGUUAUCGUACAGCGUUCUAUACGAAACAAAAACUAAAAAAAAAUAAAAUAAUUAAAUGAAAGGACGAACAAAAAAGCUACAUAAAAUCGCGAACGAGGCUUUUUAAACCGCACUUCUCGUUCGCGAACAAAAAACUCCGUCAUCGACUGGUCCGUGAUAAACAAUAUAUGUGUAUAACUCAUCGGACAAAAACUUGCUAUCGAUCGAACACAGACAUACACACAUACACGGACACUUGAACACGUUAACACAAAUGAAAGGCACGCUCGACAAGAUUAAAAAUAACAAUAAUUAAAAACUAUUAAAAUCGUAAAAAUAAUAUUAAUAUAGUAAUAUUAUAAUGAUGAUGAUGAUACUAAUGAUAAUGAACAAAAAAAAAAAUUAGUCCUGCAGUUUUUGUAUCGACCGAGGAAACAUCGUGUAUAAUCUGUGCAAAAAAGUGUUGUCCAAAUAAACGAGCUGAAAAAAAGGAAA